CGGUCUUGCUGAAGCCCAGCCCAGUAUUCAAUGCUCCCCACCCCCAUCUCGCUCCGUCCCCUCGGGGGCCAACCUCCUCCGGUCACGUGGGAAGUCUCGCAUGCGGCGAUUGGUCAUGGGGGCUCGGGGGCGGGGCGAAAGGCCCUGCGAGAUUCUGUGCCCCUUGUCGGGCCGCUUGUUUGGCUGCUGCCGUCACCUCAUGGCGACGCGGGUAGAGGAGGCAGCGCGGGGAAGAGGCGGCGGCGCCGAAGAGGCGACUGAGGCCGGACGGGGCGGAUGGCGACGCAGCCCGCGGCAGAAGUUUGAAAUUGGCACAAUGGAAGAAGCUGGAAUUUGUGGGCUAGGGGUGAAAGCAGAUAUGUUGUGUAACUCUCAAUCAAAUGAUAUUCUUCAACAUCAAGGCUCAAACUGUGGUGGCACAAGUAACAAGCAUUCAUUGGAAGAGGAUGAAGGCAGUGACUUUAUAACAGAGAACAGGAAUUUGGUGAGCCCAGCAUACUGCACGCAAGAGUCAAGAGAGGAAAUCCCUGGGGGAGAAGCUCGAACAGAUCCCCCUGAUGGUCAGCAAGAUUCAGAGUGCAACAGGAACAAAGAAAAAACCUUAGGAAAAGAAGUUUUAUUACUGAUGCAAGCCCUAAACACCCUUUCAACCCCAGAGGAGAAGCUGGCAGCUCUCUGUAAGAAAUACGCUGAUCUUCUGGAGGAGAGCAGGAGUGUUCAGAAGCAAAUGAAGAUCCUGCAGAAGAAGCAAGCCCAGAUUGUGAAAGAGAAAGUUCACUUGCAGAGUGAACAUAGCAAGGCUAUCUUGGCAAGAAGCAAGCUAGAGUCUCUUUGCAGAGAACUUCAGCGUCACAAUAAGACGUUAAAGGAGGAAAAUAUGCAGCAGGCACGAGAGGAAGAAGAACGACGUAAAGAAGCAACUGCACAUUUCCAGAUUACCUUAAAUGAAAUUCAAGCCCAGCUGGAGCAGCACGACAUCCACAACGCCAAACUCCGACAGGAAAACAUCGAGCUGGGGGAGAAGCUAAAGAAGCUCAUCGAACAGUAUGCACUGAGGGAAGAGCACAUUGAUAAGGUGUUCAAACAUAAGGAACUGCAACAGCAGCUGGUGGAUGCCAAACUGCAGCAAACGACACAACUGAUAAAAGAAGCUGAUGAAAAACAUCAGAGAGAGAGAGAGUUUUUAUUAAAAGAAGCGACAGAAUCGAGGCACAAAUACGAACAAAUGAAACAGCAAGAAGUACAACUAAAACAGCAGCUUUCUCUUUAUAUGGAUAAGUUUGAAGAAUUCCAGACUACCAUGGCAAAAAGCAAUGAACUGUUUACAACCUUCAGACAGGAAAUGGAAAAGAUGACAAAGAAAAUUAAAAAACUGGAAAAAGAAACAAUAAUAUGGCGUACCAAAUGGGAAAACAAUAAUAAAGCACUUCUGCAAAUGGCUGAAGAGAAAACAGUCCGUGAUAAAGAGUACAAGGCCCUUCAAAUAAAACUGGAACGGUUAGAGAAGCUGUGCAGGGCUCUUCAAACAGAAAGGAAUGAGCUCAAUGAGAAGGUGGAAGUCCUGAAAGAGCAGGUAUCCAUCAAAGCGGCCAACAGGGAUUUAGCAACACCUGUGAUGCAGCCCUGUACUGCCCUGGAUUCUCACAAGGAGCUGAACACUUCCUCGAAAAGAGCCCUGGGAGCGCACCUGGAGGCUGAGCCCAAGAGCCAGAGAAGCGCCGUGCAAAAGCCCCCGUCCACAGGCUCUGCUCCGGCCAUUGAGUCGGUUGACUAAGAUGAGGUGUGAUCACUGUAUUGAGAGAUAUAUUUUGUGUAUAACUUUCUCUGUUAGUAGUUAACUAUUGGUUUUGUGGUGAAAAUUUUCUUACUUUUUCUACCAUAUCUGUAUUUUCUUAGAACUACUGGACUUAUGUGGUACAGGAGGCUGCUUAGCAGUUUUGAAUAGUUUAAUCUAUAAAUUUUCCUCAGCUGUGUUGCACAUCGGCCUCAUUCUCCUUCCACUGGAAUGCAUGUGUUCAUUGCCUUGUCCUUCUCUUCCUGCUCCUUGCACAUUAUCAUCCUAAUGAAAAUUUCACUGACAGGGCCGACCAUUACAAGGGAACUUUGUUCUGACGAUGGUUCCUUGACGUGAAAACAAUAUUAAUUUAAACGUCUUAGCCCCCCCAUUAAUAUUAUUCAGAAAAAGAAAAUACCAAGGUGAUUAGUUUUGUCUAAUAACCCAUUUAAAUGCCAAGUAAAAAUAAAACUAGUGUUGGGUCAGAAGCAUAUUUGAUUGAAAUUAGCUUUUUGAAAACAUAUCUCGGGACAAAUUGAGAUGGCCACAUGCCUAGAAUCCUAAGUUUCAGCAGAAUAUGUAUAUAAAGAUGUCACUUGUGGACAAAAUAGUACAUACAGGCAAAUCACUAGACAAAUAAGCUUAGUGUUUAUGUGACUGAACAGUCAUCCUGCUUUGGUUUCAGGUGUGGGAUUUGGACCAUGAGGGGCUCCCGUAGAGGAUGGCGGUUUGUGUUUGAUUCUGAUUUGGGAUUUCAGUACAUAUUCUGCACUUCCCAUAGAAGCCCACUUAUUCUUUGAAAACUGGUGUUCAUGUUUUGCCGUUCAAUGAAGUCCCUUGUCAAAGACAAGGACGGUCAAUUCACGUGUCACUUUCACUAGGCAGAAGUUUCUCCAAUACCUUCUGGCUACUUGAAAGUUAUUACAAAAAUUCCACCAGCAAAGUACUCCAGGUUUUUCAAAAGGGAAUUUUCAUUAUGGAUCAGUACCAACCGAAAUUGAUUUUCAUUUCCAAAACAAACACUGGCACCAACAUUUUUACUUUGGGAAGACUUGGCAGAGUGUUAGUCAGGAUCUGUUACUUAUGCGUUCAGUCUGUUUCUCACCCCCUUCUUAGUUACCAUCUCUUUUUUAAGAAGAAAAAAGAAAAGCCACAGUAUUAUCAUGGUCUGUACACUUGGACUGGGGGAAAACUUGAAAUUAAGCAUAUAACUUUUGAAUUAGUUCUUUGUUUCAAUGUUGAAUGUGGCUCAGUUAUGCAGAUGAUUAAUCAGGCUGCACUGAUGGAAGUUUUGACUUUGUCCCUGGUAUAAUUUGCAUUGAAAUGCUUUAUGAAAUAAAAGGUUCUACUAGAACUGAUGUUAGCACAUUCCACUGAGCAAAACUAUCAGACUGACACUUGUUAAAUUGCUUACUGGACUGAAUAAACUCUGUUUUGUCCAGUUAAAAGGGUUUUCUCUUUGUUACAAGUGUUAUUUGUAAAGUCCUGUCACAUUCAUGGUCUAAACUGGGUUGAAAGAAUUGAAAAUUGUCCAACAGAUAGGAAACCGCCUGGAGUGGAGGAGGGUUGUAUCUAAGCCUUCACCAUCAGUCAUGUUAAUUCAAGGGGCCAGACAGUGGAGGAAAAUAAAUCCACAAAGUAAAGUAGAUUAUCUAAUUACCAUCAAAAUGAGUCAGAAGCAAAAAACAACACCCUCCAACAGCCUCUUGUGAGUACACCCUGUUCUGCUACUAAAAUACUAGACUCAUUUCCCUGGUCGGGGGGGGAAUGCAGGUAUAGAUCAGAAAUAUAAUCUACCUUAAAAUUAGUACUAAUGAUCACAUUUCACAAGAACUCUGCUGGAUGUACAGCUCUUAACAUUUUAUUAAGCCAUCUGUGUAGCCCACCACGCUUCUUUGUGGUGCUUGUCCUGUGUGGAAGAUGAUUGUAAAUCUUGGGCCUGUUGCAUACUUCCAAGGGCUUUAAAGCAAUGUGAUUGAUUAACAGUACUUGGCCUGCUGCUUUUGGCUUACUUUGUAUUUUUAGCUAGAUGCUAUUAUAGUGUUGAAAGGAUAUGGAUUCUGUCUGGGAUGCAUUUGUUGUCCUUUCAGAACCCUUCCUCCCAUUACCCUGUGAAUAAAAACAAAUGGGACCCUCUGAGAAGGACAUCCUCCUACAGUGAUCACCUCACCAGCCCAGUGUUGGGGCUUUGUAGCACACCCCAUAUCUACCAUAUUCUAGAACACUGUAAUGCUACUAGGCUGGCCCAGAAAAGGUUUAAAUGUUGAAUUCACUUUGCAAUUGUUGCACCAUCAUGGAAUCGUGAUGUGUAUUAUUUAUAGUGACGGUAGACUCCAAGGUGUAGAGAAAACUUGGGUCUUGGGUAAUAUGGACCAUUUCAUCCUCAGACUUGUUAGGAGUACAUUUCUUGGUCUUGAGACCAGUAUUUUUCAGUUAUGUAUGCAACUGCCUUUAUUACACCUGGUUAUCACAAUUCAAUUCUCAGGUGUUGCAGAAAAAUCUACCUCUUUCAGACUGUAGAUGGAAAUAACUGUGAAAAAAAAUGAUGCAGAUAUCUUCUAGUUUGUGCUAAACACACUGCUUUAUUUUUACAGCCCACGUCUUUCAUGAGGAUACGAAUUGUUAAGAGGCAGUCUUGUUUUGCUUUUCAAAGACAUUUUGUAGAGAUUUUUCACUAAUGUGAAUCUGAUUUUAUCUACUUGAUUCUGUAUAGAUUAAGUAAAUAUGUAUGAUAAACUUAA